AUGUUACAACCUCUUUUCAAGGUCGUAGCAACUGUCAGGCUGAAUCUGUCGGUGAGGUUGAAGAUAAUCGAUCCAUUUGCUGUGGUGGUUUUUUGCCGGCAGGAACCAUUUACCAAGGGCGACACUCGUUUCAUCGCUGGCGAAUUUUUUGUUGGCAUCUAUUUCAAGGAGUGCAAGGUCGUGCUGCAGUAUGACACCAAGUAA